AUGUGGGUGUGUGUUUCCGAUGUCUUUGAUUUAAAACAAAUUGCUGAAAAUAUUGUAGAAAGUGCAACAGGUAGGAAACCUGAAAGUCUUCGGAUGGAAGGAGUGCAAAAUGAGCUUAGGAGAGAAAUUGGGGGGAAAAAGUAUUUACUUGUGUUAGAUGAUGUGUGGAAUGAGGAUCGUGAACAAUGGAUAGGCCUUAGAGAUCUCUUGAUGAGUGGUGCACAGGGAAGUAAGAUUUUGAUAACCAAUCGCACUGAAUUUGUGGCUACUAUAACGGGGACAAACUGGUUGUAUACUUUGAAAGGCUUGUCUGACCAAGAGUCUUGGUCUCUAUUUAAGCAAAUGGCCUUCAAAGAAGGGAAAGAGCCAAAAAUCCAUGUCUAG